AUGCUGCCGGCGCAGGAGGCGGCCAAGCUGUACCACACCAACUACGUGCGCAACUCGCGGGCCAUCGGCGUGCUCUGGGCCAUCUUCACCAUCUGCUUCGCCAUCGUCAACGUGGUGUGCUUCAUCCAGCCCUACUGGAUCGGCGACGGCGUGGACACGCCGCAGGCCGGCUACUUCGGGCUCUUCCACUACUGCAUCGGCAACGGCUUCUCCCGCGAGCUCACCUGCAGCGGCAGCUUCACGGACUUCUCCAGCCUGCCCGCGGGGGCCUUCAAAGCCGCCUCCUUCUUCAUCGGCCUCUCCAUGAUGCUCAUCAUCGCCUGCAUCGUCUGCUUCAUCCUCUUCUUCUUCUGCAACACGGCCACCGUCUACAAGAUCUGCGCCUGGAUGCAGCUCACCUCGGCUGCCUGUCUUGUCCUGGGCUGUAUGAUUUUUCCUGACGGCUGGGAUUCGGAUGAGGUAAAACGGAUGUGCGGUGAAAAAACAGACAAGUACACACUUGGGGCUUGUUCAGUCCGCUGGGCAUAUAUCCUGGCUAUUAUUGGAAUCUUGGAUGCCCUGAUCCUCUCGUUUCUGGCAUUUGUGCUUGGCAACAGACAAGACAGCUUGCUAGCAGAAGAACUCAAGUUGGAAAACAAAGAUGAUGGAAAUGCUUAAAACAAACUAAGGUAGUACAAAACUGACUAAUUCUUACUAAGCCAAUCCUCACUAGAAUGAGCACAAAACAAAAUGAGUAACAGCUUUUGUACAUCAACAUUAAAUGGAAGAAGCUUGGGAAGGAACCUCCAAUGGAGAAGAAUGUUGACAAGUGCAAAAACGUCUGAUUGGUAAGAGCUGCCUUCUAAAUGUAGAUCAGCCAGACCUGGAAGUGAUUUUCUGAAGAGAGAUGCAAUCAUGGAUUACACACCAGCUCAUUAGAAUCUGUCACUGAAUCCAACAUUCAGAAGACAUGCAUGAAAAGUCACAUUUGGGAAAUAAAUUAAAAGGGAUUUAGUCGUUGCUAGGUAAACACAUGUAAUAUAUAUGCAUUGAAAAGGUUUGUAAACUGUCAUUUUUUUAUUCAAAUGAAAAGCAAAAAGCUUUAAAACCUUUCACAGUAGAGAAGCAGUUAACUUAAGGCUAUUCCUGUUCUAGUAGCUGGGAAACUGAUAGGAUAUCACUCUAAAAUAAGCAUUUAUAAAUAGACUCUCUGAAUGUUUCCAUCACCUAGAGGAAAAAGCACAUCUUUUACUACAGUAUUUCUGCUUUUCAUUUAUCUCACUGUAUAAUAAGUUGGUUAAAAUGUAAAGCUUCUCAAUUUUUACUGCAUAUGUGUUCUGUUUAAUCUGUCUGUAACAAAUUUACAACUGAAAAAUUAUUUCUGACAUAUAUUAUAGUUCUCUUAAGACAUAUAUAGUAUAAGAUACAUCUUUCUGAAUAUCACAAACAUAAUUUCCUAAGCAGCAUAGAAUUAUUUAUAUUUAAAGUGGCAAAAUAAAAUCAUCUAUUUAAAAAAGGCUAAAUUGACACCUUAACCAUAGUAGUAUACAGCUGCUGUAAAACACUAUUCUAUCUUUCUCCUGUUUUGUGCUAUGGAUUCUACAGCUUGUGUUAUUUGGAAGGUCACACUAGAAUAUAAUGGCCUUAAGCCCUAUAAAUCUAUUAAUAUGAAUAGUAAAAAAUAUAUACUUUACUAAUAAUUAUGUAAAGUCUCUCUGAGUCAGAUUCAGUGAUGCUCCCUGGCUGCUCUGUGUAGCCAAGGCAGCUGGAGUACAGCCAUGACUCUGGCUCUCCAAUGUUGGUUUGUUCAUGUGGUGUGAGAGGCAUAUUCCCACAGAGGUGUUCUGACUUCAGUGCAACAUUUCUUUGCUGUUUAUAUGGUUCCUACCCACUCAAACACAUUUUGGAAAGCAAUUAAAUGAUAAGACCAAUCUGAGGCGUGGAAAAUAUUCAGAUGUUUAUUUGAGACAGGAGUAGGUUAGUAGUCCGCUGCCUUUAUGCUUAAUCAUAGAGUACUAGUAUCUGCAGAUUUUUGAACUUCAUUACUAUACUUGGUGGCUAAAAUAAUGAUUGCUUAUUGCUUCAGAUCUCACAUAAACUACUGUAAGAAAUACAAAGAUAAAAUAAUACUUUAAACUUCUGAUUAUGAGGCACAAACUCUGGACUUUAAGUGCAUCAAUCUCAGUAAUGUUGGGUUGGAGGUGGAAACUAUGAUUACAUUGCCAAUAAAUAAAUACAGGUUAUUAAAUAAGAAUUUUAAUUAUCUGUCAAGAUAUCAAUAUGGCUCUGAUCAGCAUAGUAAUUGAACACCUAACAUAUAAGUUGCCAAAUAAAUAAAUAAGAUAAAUUUAGGAGAGAUUUUCAAAUACACUCAGCCUUAGCCUAAGUCUUCACUUAUGGUAGCAAAUAACAGUUUCCACUGAUUUCUGUGAGAGCUGAGUCAGUCCAACGCUGAGGACUUUUGAAAAUCCCACUCAAACCUGUCAUCCAAGCAUAAAUCUAUUCCUAGUGUCUGCCAUGGAGGUAAAGUUAAGGGGUAUCAUAAAAGUGAUUUACAUGUGAGGAGACAGAAGCUCAUUAAGGUCCCAAUUCAGCAAGGUACUUAAACAUGUGAGUAAUGCCACUGACGUCAGUGGGACUAGUCACAUUCUGCAAGGUUGGGCACAUGCUUAACUACCUUGCUGAAUGGGGCUUUAAUGCAGUUUGUCUUCAUCUACUGGUGUUGUUACAUCACAGACAUACUUUAAGCUCAAAAGUUUGUAAAAGAGGUUUGUUAUAUGAAUGUGUUAUCGUAUCAUUGCCGUCCUUUGCUCCAUCGGUUAAAUUGUGUUCCAGACAACUGCAGUCAAGAUAUUUUGCCGUAAUAGAAACUACAGUAAUGGGGUUUCUCUCUGCCAUGUGUUUUUGUUACUGCCUAUUGAGUUUGUAUCAUAGCAAUUGUGUAGUCAAAAGGCCCUUUCUAGACAUAUACAGAUGUUACCAAAAAGUGUGAUCACCAGACCAAGUGGCCCUCUGAGGAUAUUUCAGUUACAAUGUACCAUUUGUACAUAAACAGAGCAAAGACUUACAAGGGUGUACAUCACUAAAUGUUAAUUAAGUAUAAGUAGUAUGUUUUUAUCUUUUUAAAUGUGAGCACGUUCCCAUUCCAUUCCAUUGUAACUUGUCAAAACUGUGCGUAAUUUUUUUUAAGGUCAACAAACUGUAAAGAAAAUUGUUGGAAUACCUGAUUUUCUGUAAAAAAAAUAACAAUAACAAUAAUUUUUGUUACUUUAAGGUAUGCUUGGUAUUAAAGUACCUAAUAAAGUUCAACAAUGAAGUUUUGUAGCAUACUAAAAUGAAGUGUGCUAGUGCUUUUAUCCAGUUCA